UACGCGCCAGAUCUUCUCUAUUCAGUCUUCCCUCUUCUCUAUUCAACCUUCCUCCAAAACUCUCUCUGCUUAGAAACCCAAAGCUUAUAUUCACCAUGAACUAACCCCAUCACCGCCGCACAGCCACCGCCACAGCCACAGCCACAGCCACAGCAGCCGUCUCCGCAGCCUUCAUGGCAGACAAUUUACCGUCACAAGCACCAACAUCAGCAACCCCGUCAAUUCAAACAUCUCCCCCCAAACCUCUCCAAUCCCCGCCAAACCCCAUGCUCGACCCCACUCCCUCCUCCACCACCGCUACGUCAGCGCCUUUAAUCCACCGCCAUCCUCCUCCCCAGUCCGUCGCCACCCCGUCGACACCUCAACAACAACAGAACCCCUCUUCCUCUCCUUCUCUUGACCCGCAAAUUCUCCAACAGCAACAAAUGGUUCAGAACGUUAACGUUGCUGCCAUGUCGAAUUACCAAAUCUCACAAACCUUGAAUCGAUCCCCCUCAAUCUCACGGUUGAAUCAAAUUCAACAGCAGCAGCAACAACAACAGCAACAACAAUCUGCAUACAGCGUCUUCAGGCAACCAGCUUUGUACGGUCAUGUGAAUUUCAAUCAACAGAAUCAGCAGCAAACCCAGCAAAACCCUCAACUGGGUUCUUCUAAUUUGUCCCGCGCAGGUCUUGUCGGGCAGACGGGGCACCUGCCCAUGCAGACUGGGGCAUCCGCUGGCCAGUUCAAUUUACCGUCUCAAUUGCUUGCUUCGCCGAGGCAGAAAGCUGGAUUAGCGCAAGGAUCCCAAUUCCAUGCUGGUAAUACACCUGGGCAGCCUUUGCAAGGGAUGCAAGGAAUGGGCAUGAUGGGCCCACUUAAUUUGGGAUCACAAUUGAGGGCCAGUGGGCCCAUUGCUUAUGCACCACAACGAAUCAAUCAGGGGCAGAUGCGGCAGCAACUGUCACAACAGAAUGCUCUCAACUCUCCUCAGGUCCAAAACUUAUCCAGGAGUUCAUCUCUGGCAUUUAUGAACCCUCAGUUAUCUGGCCUUGCUCAGAAUGGACAACCAGGUAUGAUGCAGAACUCGUUGUCACAACAACAGUGGUUGAAGCAAAUGCCAACCAUGACUAACCCCGCCUCACCUUCAUUCCGUCUCCAACAACAUCAGAGGCAGUCACACGUCCUCUUACAGCAGCAACUGGCUUCGUCUUCUCAGUUGCACCAGAAUUCUUUGGCCUUGAACCAACAGCAAUUAUCCCAGCUAGUUCAGCAACAGCAGCCACAAAUGGGGCAUCCUCAAAUGCAUCAAGCUCAACAGCAGACACACACACAGCCACAGUCACAGUUGCAGCAGCAGCAACAACUACAACAAACACAUCAACAAUUACCGCAGCAACCAACCUUUCAUCAACAGCAACAGCAACAGCAACAACAGCAGCAGUCUCCAAGGCUUCCAGGUCAUGCAGUCCAGAAGUCUCUUAGUCUGACAGGAUCACAGCCAGAUGCAACUGCCUCUGGUACAACUACACCUGGAGGGAGUUCAAGUCAAGGAACAGAAGCAACUAAUCAGCUCCUUGGAAAGAGAAAGAUACAGGAUCUUGUUUCCCAGGUGGAUUCACAAGGAAAAGUGGAUCCAGACGUUGAAGAUCUUCUUUUGGAGAUUGCAGAUGACUUUAUUGAUUCUGUUACUUCAUUUGCUUGUAGUCUGGCAAAGCACCGGAAGUCGUCAACUUUAGAGUCUAGGGACAUACUGCUACAUUUGGAGAAGAAUUGGGAUUUGCCAGUUCCUGGAUUCUCAAGUGAAGGGCAGAAACACCAGAGGAAACCAUUGUCAAAUGAUCUCCACAAAAAGCGUCUUGAAAUGAUUCGUACAUUGAUGGAAUCCUCGCAGCCUGAAACCAAUUUGAAUAAUACUAGGGAGAUGAUGAAACCAGGCUUCAACAACCAAGCUGGUGUCAAUAACUUUAUAAGAGCUUCACCAAGUUCUGAGCAGUUUGUUUCUCAAGCUGCUAGCUCUCAAAUGCUGCCGCAAAUAACACGGUAUUGAUGGACAUUUGUUCUUGAUUGUAAUUUGGUCUUCAGGCUGAAUGGUGAUGGCGACAUGGACCUCAUUGGUAAGCAUUAUUGAAUCAAGUUUACAAAACCAGAAGCUAUAGUGGGAUCGAUGAAGCACAGGCUGUAAUAACCUGGCAAGUAGCAGUACUGAUUCCCAGAAAAUUGACCAUUUAAUUUUCAUUUUACUCUGUUGAUUUAUGUCUACUUGCUUUUGUAAAUCAAAAUAUUAAUUCUCUACUCAUAGUCACAAAAUUAAGGUGACCUUGCAUGCAUCCCAGUUCAUCAAGUUUAACCAGUCUAAAUAAAGCUUCGGCACCGGUGGCUCUUGUUAUGAUUAUAGAUGAAGCUGUGCUGUCCCUCGACACAUCUCAAUUUCUUUUUUUCAUGUUUUAGACUGCAUAUUUUUGUAUAUUAGUUCACAAAUUGGUAGUGCAGGACUUGUUAGCUUGCCCAGAAAAACAAGAUUCUUAAUUUUGCUCCUUAUUUAGGUAUUUUUUUCUAUUGAACGUUCGUUAUGUGAUAAUGUUUUAAGCGGACAGAGGAAUAUGCUAUGUCUCUUUCAUUUAA